AUGGCUUGUUGGGCACUGCAAAUCACAGGCCUAAUACUUGGAGGCAUCGGCAUGAUUGGGACUUUUGCAAUCACUGCCAUGCCUCAGUGGAGAGUGUCUGCUUUCAUUGAAGGUAACAUUGUGGUGUUUGAGAACAUCUGGGAAGGACUAUGGAUGAAUUGUGUCUAUCAAGUCAACAUCAAGAUGCAGUGUAAAUUCUAUGACAGCGUACUAGCACUCCCACCUAUUUUAGAAGUAUCCAGAGGACUGAUGUGUUUUGCUGUGAUGCUGUCCGUUAUUGCCUUUCUGACAGCCAUUACUGGCAUGAAGUGCACUGUGUGUGUUGGGGAUAACAAGCAAGCCAGGAGUAACAUUCUGCUGGCAGCUGGGAUCAUUUUUAUCCUAACUGGGAUUCUAAUUUUGAUACCCGUGUCUUGGACUGCAAGCAACAUCAUUGGAGACUUCUAUAAUCCAGCAGUUCACGCAGGAUUGAAACGAGAACUGGGAGCUGCCCUCUACUUAGGCUGGGUGAGCUCAGCAUUUCUCAUGAUUGGAGGAGCAUUAUUUUGUAGCUUUUAUAGCUGUGCUGAUAAACCCAGAACAUGGAGGUAUUCAUCACAUUCCUGCCAUAGACCGCACAAGUUUGAGCAUGUGGAAAUGAAAUCCACAACCAAGCACGCUUAUGUCUAG